AUGGCACUUCGCAAUCACUCAGAUCCAGCUUUCGUGGACUUCCUUGUAAAUGGUUUCAGGAACGGUUUUCACCCUGGUCUAGCCGUACUACCAUCCUUGUCGUUCGAAUGCAAGAACCUGCAGUCUGCCACAAACGAACCAGAGACGGUCGACCAAGGUCCUGCCAAGGAAGUCAGUGACGGUUUCAUGAUCGGUCCAUUUGCGCAUCCUCCCUUUCCGGAUUUCCGUAUCAGCCCCCUUGGCAUCGCAACUAGAAAGUAUUCAGGAAAGAAACGCAUAAUCGUCGAUCUUUCGGCUCCCCAUGGCAGCACCAUUCCCAGCAUCAAUAGCUUAAUUCCAAGCGAAGACUUCUCCCUCCACUACACCACCAUCAAUCACGCCAUUGCCCUCAUCAAACUCGCUGGCAGGGGAUCAUGGCUUUCGAAGGCAGACAUCACAAGCGCCUUCAAAGUUCUUCCCAUUCACCCAGACUUCUGGCGAUUCUUCGGUGUCCGCUGGCGCGGUGUGUACUACUUCGCAGUCAGGCUCACCUUUGGUUGCAAAAGCAGCCCCAAAAUCUUUGACACCUUGUCAGAAGCCCUUUGCUGGAUCUUGUCCAACAACCACGGCAUUCCAUUCAUUGUCCAUCUCUUAGACGAUUUCCUCGUCAUUACCCCCAAUUCAUCGCCACCAGCUUCUGGCCUGGUCACCCUGACCUCAGUCUUUUCCGACCUAGGGGUUCCACUGUCAGUGGAGAAAACUGAAGGCCCCUCUACUUCCCUUGAGUUCCUCGGAAUCACGCUGGACACCAAUUUGUUUCAGGCCUCUCUCCCCGUUGAGAAGCUAAACCGCAUCAGUCUCCUGAUAUCCAAUUUCCUCCUUGCUCCUCGCUGCACCAAACGCCAAAUGCUCUCCCUUUUGGGUCACCUCAACUACGCCACGCGUAUCAUUCCCCAGGGGCGGGCGUUCAUCUCUCACCUGUUGUCGAUCGCUUCUUCCGUGCCAUCUCUUCUGGCCUUCAUUUCCCUGGACGGUUCAAGCCGUGCCGAGCUCCGCCUUUGGCUUCACCUGCUCGCAAAUUGGAAUGGGAUCACCUUCUUUUAUUAUGAUCACCUGACCCAUCCGCAGGACAUCCAUCUCUUCACCGAUGCUGCUCCCUCAACUGGUUUUGGGGGCUUAUAUAAUGGAAAGUGGUUUGCAGCAAAAUGGCCCCCGGAGGUCUCCAACGAAUGCCAGAUCGAAAUUUACCCCAUCGUAGCUGCUGCCGUUCUGUGGGGCCAUGAAUGGUCUCGCAAGUCCAUCCUCAUACAUUCAGACAACCUCGCCGUCGUUGACAUCAUAAAUAAAGGCCGCUCCAACUCUCCAUCCAUCAUGCCGUUCAUGCGCCACCUAGUCUGGCAUUCCGUUACCCAUCAAUACAUUCUCCGUGCAGCCCAUGUUCCAGGUCACUCCAAUGCCAUCGCUGACUCUCUCUCUCGUUUUUCAUUUCAGAAGUUCAGAAGCUUAGCUCCUCAUGCAGAUGCCCAUCCAACACCAGUUCCUCCAUAUUCAGCAUUGACAUUCAAUCUGUAAAUCCUGGCCUUAUACCUCUGAUAGUCAAAGCUCAGAACUCCAUAAUAAGCAGAAUUGGAAACAAACAAUUCCGUCACUUCCACAACUUGUAUCACAUUGCCUUGCGUUCAGCCUUGUCACCUUGAC